UUUUUUUUUAUUCUUUUUUGUGUUCUCAAAUAUAUAUAUAUAGAACUCUUAUUUUUAUCUCUUACUUUCUCCUCUUCUUGGUAGUUAGAUCUCAGCACCGUUGUUAUGAUGGAUGAAUACGGCACUCAGUAUACUCAAGAUAAUAAUGAUAUCAAAUAUAUGUCUUUAGCCAUUGAACAAGCGAAAAAGUCAAUACCAGCAGAAAAGGCUUAUUGUGUAGGGGCUUGUCUUGUCAGCAAAGAUGGUGAACUCUUGACUACUGGUUUUUCAAGGGAACUUCCUGGCAACACACAUGCUGAACAGUGUGCUCUUUUGAAAUUACAAGAUCCAAAUCUGGCCUCAGGUGGUACCAUGUAUACUACUAUGGAACCCUGUUCUACUCGACUAUCUGGUAACAUACCUUGUGUACAGAAUAUUAUCAACGCUAAUAUUACUCGUGUUGUCAUGGGUGUGCGGGAACCUCCAAACUUGGUCCAGUGUGAAGGUGUCCAAUUAUUAGAACAACAUGGCAUUCAAGUCUUUAUUGUCCCUGGUGUCCAAGAGGAAUGUCUCGCACCAAACAAACAUAUUCUUCAUUAGUAUAUAUAUAUCUUAUUGUUUAGUUUGUUUAUAGUCCU